AUGGGUACUGGCCGUGCAAUUACAGAAAUGCUUUUGGUUUUGAAAGUGAGCCUGUUUUUUGUUAUAGCGACUGCUGUUCUUGGAGUUGGCAACUCAGAACACGCUGCUGCAAGGAACAUUAAUAUUGGUCAUCAUGGAGGAAGAAAACUUGCUGAAACUCCUAGUCCAGAAUUUAAAGGUUUCAUCAGUAUUGACUGUGGUAGCAAUGUUGAAGAUUACAUUCACCCGACAACGGGUAUUCCUUACACGUCAGAUGAAGGAUUUAUAGAUACUGGAAUAGCUGCAACGGCGUCUCGAUAUUAUGAUGAUCCGGUGAAACAGACAUUGAGAAGUUUUCCUCAAGGAAAAAGGAAUUGUUACACCCUGCGACCUAAUGAAGCCAGAAACAAGAAGUACUUGAUCAGAGCUAGAUUCGCGUAUGGAAAUUAUGAUGGCAAAGACAAGGGCCCAGUAUUUGACCUAUAUCUUGGGGUAAAUAAAUGGAGAACAGUAGACGAUACGAAUGAAACCUACCAUGAGAUAAUUCACGUAGCUUCGACGGAUUACAUAGAUGUUUGUCUUGUGAACAUUGGCCAAGGUGUACCCUUCAUUUCAGCGUUGGAGCUACGGCAUUUGGACUCUUCCAUGUAUCGCAUCGAGAGCGGGGCACUGUUAAAACUUCGGCGAAUUGAUGUUGCCGGAACUGGCAAUUCUAUAAUCAGGUAUCCAGACGAUGCGUAUGAUCGGUACUGGCACGCUUCACAAAAAGAUGAUUGGAUUAAAAUUGCCUCCAACUCGACCAUUUACGCCUCUAGCAGUGGUGAAGCUUAUGGAUUGCCAGUUGAAGUGAUGAAGACUGCUGCCAAAACACAGAACGCGAGCAUUCCCUUAAAAGCUAACUUCACGCUAGAUCCUCUUUCAAAAUAUUAUUGUUACUUUCACUUUGCUGAGGUUGAGAAACUUGAAUCUGGCCAGCAGCGGGAAUUGACAAUUUCUUUGGAUGAUCAACGCAGCUAUCUGACAGAAUCUGUUAUACUUGAUUAUCUAACUCCACGUACAAUAGUCCAAGAUAAUCCGCCAAUUACCGGAGCGCCGAGGUUAUUCUUGUCAAUAAAUGCGGCUCAGGGAACUCAUUUUCCUCCAAUCCUCAACGCCUAUGAGAUUUUCAAGUUGAUAGAGCUACCAAAUGAACCAACUGCCACAGAGGACGGUAUGCCUUCUUCUCUUUUCUAUUUUUCUUGUAUGGAUUAUAAAGCUAUCAUGGAAAUCAAGACACGGUACAACGUGACUAGAAAUUGGCAAGGCGAUCCAUGUGUACCAAGUAAUUACUCAUGGGAUGGUUUAAACUGCACUAACGACAAUCCUCCAAGGAUCAUCUCAUUGAACUUGAGCUCAAGCAAUCUGACAGGGGAUAUCGAUACUUCAUUCUCCAAGCUCGAACUACUGCAGUCCUUGGAUUUGUCAUUUAACAACUUAACUGGGCGACUGCCACAAGUUUUGGAACAGCUACCUAAUUUAAACACUCUGGAUUUAAGAGGGAACAAGUUCACAGGUUCAAUUCCUGAGGCUCUUCUGGAACAGUUUAGGAAUGGAAAAUUAGACCUAAGGGUUGAUGCACAUCCAGAUCUUUGUCUGUACACUCCAUGUAAGGGAAAGAAGAAAAAGGAGUUUGUCAUUCCAGUUCUUGCAUCGUCUAUAACAGCAGUCUUGAUCCUUCUCUUCAUCGUUAGUGCUCUUGCUAUAUAUAGAAGGAAAAGAGGAUCAGACGUGGUUACCAAAUCCAGCAUCAAAUCAAAGAAUCGACAGUAUAGCUACUCUGAGGUUGUCAAGAUAACCAAUAACUUCAAAAACAUCAUUGGCAAAGGAGGAUUUGGAAACGUGUACCUCGGCAAAUUGGAAGAUGAAAUUCAAGUUGCUGUUAAGCUUCUCUCUCCUUCAUCAAACCAAGGGUACAAGGAAUUUAGAGCAGAGGCACAACUCUUAAUGGUAGUUCAUCAUAGAAACUUGGUUACUCUUGUUGGAUACUGUGAUGACGGUGAAAACAAGGCGCUCAUAUACGAGUAUAUGGCUAACGGGAAUCUGCAGCAUCAUUUGUCAGUGACAAACCCAAAUGUCUUAACAUGGAAUGAGCGACUUUGUAUUGCAGUGGACGCAGCACACGGGUUGGAGUAUCUACAUAAUGGUUGCAAGCCACCUAUCAUCCACAGAGAUUUAAAACCGUCCAACAUCCUACUAAACGAAAACAUGCAAGCCAAGAUAGCUGAUUUUGGGCUUUCUAGAGCCUUUGCCACCGAAAGUGAUUCCCAUGUGUCAACUUGCCCAGCUGGCACUUUGGGAUACGUCGAUCCGGAAAUUCCAACAUCUGGGAACUUCAAUAAGAAAAGGGACGUCUAUAGCUUUGGGAUUAUUUUGUUUGAGCUUAUAACCGGUCGCCCUGCAAUAAUAAGAGGUCCUAUGCGAAACAAUCACAUACUUGAUUGGGUUUAUCCUUUGAUUGAAAGGGCAGAUAUUCAAAACAUUGUUGAUCCAAGACUAGAAGGAGAAUUCAACACCACUUCUGCAUGGAAAGUUGUGGAAAUAGCCAUGUCGUGCGCACUGCCGGUUGCAAUCCAAAGGCCAGACAUGAGUCAGGUAUUGGCAGAACUAAAUGAAUGUUUGGCUCAGGUAUUCACUCGUGGAAGAAAUCAAAGGAUGACAACUGAGUGCAGAACUUCAAGCAUGCCACACAACACGUUCCAUUUGGAGCUAGAAUCAGAAAUUGCUCCCUUCGCUAGGUAGUUUCUGAAGAAAACUAUGCUCAAAAGUUCCUUCAAUACAAUAUGACAAGUAAUCUGUAUGAAGACCUUAUUAUAUCCUUGUUCAAUGUGUGUAUCUUUUUUCAAUCGAGUAUGAGACCGAAUACUAUUAUGCAUUUCAACAGCUUUCUAGGUUCUAUAGGACAUAUAAAGUAUAAUGAUUAUUUGUUUGUAUUCUGGAUGUGUCUGAAACACUGUUUGAAAAUCCA